UGCAUAUUUACGUAAUAUGUUUUCACUGCACAGGCAAAAACAAUAAUAUGAAUGUCAUAGUAUUCUUAGUGUUUACCUUGUUUCUAUUUGAUAGUGCUGAAUCAGGAUUAUACAAUGAUAAAGUACCAAAGUACAUCGAAUCGCAUGAGUUGAGCUCCAUGGAUUGGUAUGUUCGUUGCAAACUUCAGCCAAAUGGCUUCGAUUGUAAUCAGAAUGAGACCAACCCUAGCAGAUUUUACUACGAUAACAAUAUGAAAGUUUGUCGAACCUUCGAGUACGGGGAAUGUGAAUUGAGUUUCAAUACAUUUCAUUCACUGCUCGACUGUUCUGAUGUUUGUUCUGUACCUGGAGUUCAAUUUAUAGCUGAAGUAUUACCAAUGGAUGUUGGUUGCCGAUUACAACCUGAUUUUGGAGCAUGCAAUGGCUACUUUCCAUUGUGGUACUUUGAUGUCUCGACUCGCAAAUGUAAAGGAUUCUCAUACAGUGGAUGCGGAGGGAACCAAAACAAGUUUACGUCAGCUCAAGUAUGCUCAGCCAUAUGUCUAAAACAUGUGGCAUAUCCUAAGAGAAUACCAAUAGAAAAAAAACUACCCAAGAAGAAAAGAGUAUAG